AUGGAACAUCUUUUGCUACCCCUGAAUGCACUAGUAGGCGAGAACGAGAAGGCACCAUAUAUCGCUGGCCCGUACGAUGGUGGCGACUUCCUCAGCUUCCCACAGCGAAGCCGUUUUCGAGCACUGUAUGAGGACAUCAAGCCAGAGGGACACUACGCUUCCUCUCGCAAGGAUCUGGACAUAGGCUCGACUCGUGACCUGGAGGUCUUUCUACAGACAUGGGUCGUGGUCGGGCUCCUGCAUGAGGUCUUUGCACCGCUGCUCACUGUGGAAGCUUUCACCAAGGCCGGUGAGGACGGUGCGAGCCCAAUUCUCAGCACAGCCAAGUUACCUGAGAUUGCCACGCAAUGGACAAGGUCACGAGAAGCCCUGGCUGGUACAGAUGAUGAAAAGCAGCUCCUCGAGCACUUGAUAGAGUGUAUCAUGGCCGCCCAUAGUUUCCUGAUGGCAGCAAGAAAACGUGCCGAAAUAACGGACUCCGUGUUAUGCUCCGCAGCUUCAAUUGGUGAGACGUUGGAGUUUGUCGUCAUGGAGACACUCGACCGUGGUACCCGCAGUCUGAGCACGAAUUGGGAGUUUUGCCUGGACAGUGUCUCCAUUGCCGCGACCAUGCAGAACAAUGGAUGGUGUCCCACUGAUAUACGCAAGUGGCAGGCUAUUGCUGGUGGCUUCCAGACUCUCUACUACCUAAAUAAAGUCACACAGCCGAAGACCAAGGAUCAUGGCAAUUGCGUGGGCGAAGUAUGCGUUGCCUCGCAGUAUAAUAUGGACAACCAGUCCCUUGUACAUCGCUGCGGCAAUCAUGACUGCGGACUGAUAUUCGUGGACGAAGAAGCUAUGCAGACAACUUUCGAAGAUGGCCACUUCGGUAUCUUGAGAUUCAGUGACCUUGAAAACAUCGAGACCCUUUCAAUCGAUGUCGUCUCGUACAAAGAUGAGUCGGAAUACAUUGCGCUCUCCCACGUCUGGGCAGAUGGCCUAGGCAACCCCAACGCGAAUGCAUUACCACGUUGCCAACUGGAACAUGUGGCCAAGUGUGCCGGACAGCUCUCGCGAAAUGCCGGUAACGAUCGCAGUCUUCCGGUAUGGCUCGAUACUUUAUGCUGCCCAGUGUCGAGUCCAAGGCAUCGAAGUAGUUGCUUGAUGCUCAUGCGACAAAUCUAUCAAAAGGCAACCUUGGUGUUGACUCUGGACACUCAGAUCGCACACUUUAAUGCAAGUGACCUUGACUCGGUCGAGAUCUGUGCUCGUGUGCUCUUUUCGGGCUGGACGAGGAGGCUAUGGACGCUGCAGGAGGGUGCCUUGGCUGGAAGCCUGUGGAUUCAGCUCAAAGACCGUGCUGUCGAUCUAGCCAUAGUCGAAGCAGAUAUCAGCAACAUCUACAAACACAACUUUGCUCAUAACCAACUUGCCCUUAUCUUGCUGAGUGGAUUAAGACGUUUGCGUAACUUUGGCCGUCGAAGACAAUCACGACUUGAGCCAGAUCUUGUCGAUGUGAGAUCCGCUUUAGAGUCGAGGUCAGUCACAGUAGCAUCGGAUGAAGCCUUGUGCCUUUGCACUUGUCUUGAUCUCGAUCAGACAGAAGUAGUGAAAGCGGCGAGGGAAGACCGUAUGACCACAUUCUGGCAAACCGCUAUGCGAGCAGAUCUACAAUUGCCUAGCGGACUUCUCUUCUUCACGGGACCUAGAAUGCAGACGAAAGGCCUACAGUGGGCACCGUCUUCUUUCCGAAGCCACGUCAAGUUCCAGAACCUCAGGCGUGCCAAGAAGGCAGAGGAACAAGCCACCAUCACGCCAAAUGGUCUGCUAGUCCAGUGUUCGGUGUUCGAGGUAACCAUCUGUCGCCCACUCACUAGUAACGAAGAGCGAUCCUGGAACACUGUCCUGGAUGACGUGCGAGGUGUCUUCUUAGUCCGACUCGAGCAGCAUCAGUGGUUCAUGCUGCUUCCUGCCGACGGCAAGACUGCCAGCAAUGAAGCGUUCGAUGCCAGAGAUGUUUCGGAGAGGAGGACAUCCUUCGCCGUCUUACAAGAGCUUGACAUACUUGGUAUGCAGCGGAACGAAGUGGCUCAAGGGCUUGUCGGUAUUGUCGGAACAGUACAGCAUGGUCAGCCGCAUACCUUCAUUCUCAACUCUCGUUCUAAUGUGCUGUGUUGCGACGAGAAGAUGUCCAAAACACUUGAAAUACUUCACAGCCAUCGCAGCGACAUUGUAGCUCUGGACGAUAUGUCCGACGACGUUACUGACGGCUUCGAGGCUUCGAGCACUAGUCCAUACAUCUCACGAUUAUCACCCAACACAGCUCAAAGAGUAACACAGUAUGCCGAUGUCUUACUUUCGUCCGAAAGCGCUCUGGUGGAGUGCUUGGUGCGUGACCAAACACGAGAUGCUCGGACCAAGGCUCUCGCUCCCGCAGCUGAAUGGAUGCUCUACUUCCUAGCCGGACGUGUUGGUACCAUCUCGCGCACAUGGCCAUCAGACCAAACGUGGUGCGUUGGCUGA